CUUGGAGUUGAGGUUGUGCAGUCCAUCGUGGAUUUUGACCAUGCUUUAAAUAGUUUUAGUUUUUUCUGCUCCAGGGCACCUGGCAGUUCUAGGGUACCUAGCAAGCCGCCAAUACGGUACUGCCUGACGUUGGACGCACUCCGAGGGUCACAGCUGACAAAGCCCCGCCGGGUAAAGCCCGGGCGACUCCCACAGCUCAAGGUCGAAUCAAUUGAGUCUUCUCCUUGAGCUUCCCAACAUCGUUCGACAUCUAUGCAAAAGCUCAAGCAACAGUUGCUCUCAUCCAUAAAAGUCCUUUGCAUCGAGUGACAAGAUGGAUACGCUCUCGUGGAUGUUCCUGGCUUUUGCCGUUUUCAUGAUCGCAAGAACACUCUUCGCAGACCGCUCACCCAUCCCCGAGACAUCAGGCAAAGUCUACAAAGUCGCCAGCGCCGGCGAGCUAGACGCCCUCCUCGCCUCAACCACUAACGUCGUCGUCGACUUUUACGCAGACUGGUGCCCGCCCUGCCGCGCCAUCGCGCCCGUCUUCUCCGGCCUGGCCGACAAGCACGCCGCGGAGGGGAAGCUUGCUUUCGCCAAGGUCAACGUCGAUAACGUCAACAACGUCGCCGGCCGCUACGGCGUGUCUGCCAUGCCGACGUUCAUGUUCUUUCAGAAGGGGAAGCCUACUGGUGUGGCUGCCAAGGGGGUGACGCCGCGUCAGUCGGUUAUCUUCACUGAGGAUGGGCGGGUUGAUAAGAUUCGGGGUGCGGAUCGGGCUGCGUUGCAGGCUGUUGUGCAGGCGCUGGCUGGUGAGGGAGAGGACGCGAAGAAGGAGUGAUGGGAUGCUAGGAUUGGCGUGUCGCCCUUGGGGAGAAUACCUCGUGCUCCAGUUGAGGAUAGGAACAGCUAAAAUUUAUUGAUCAGAACCUAAGGAGCAUUGUGAACGGAACAUCCCGGAAAGGUCCUUGACGAUGGCUAGUAUUUCGAGUCUCGGGAGCGAACUCACAAGUUCGGCACUCAUAUCCUCCUGUUCAAGAUUCAUUCAUCAAUCCAAAGAUGACAGAGCACCCAGGUACCCUAGAGUGGAUGCCCGUCGGGUUUUCCAACUCCCGCUCAGGGGUGUAGACGGCAGAACCGGUAAAAUGGGUUGUCAGUGGAAUGCCCAGUAAUCUAAUUCGCGAGGCAGUCAAAUCAACAAGGGUGAAGUGGGACGACCACGCGGGCUAGGCAGCUUUCAGCAUCGCUUGUGCUGACAUGUUUGUCUGCUAGAACCUCACUAAGAUAA